ACAUCACAGCCACAGGAGAGCGCUAACGAGACGAACACGCACGAGCCCAAAAUUUGACGCUUUCCCUUUCUUUUUUCCUGCACACUGAAAUCUCUAUACUACUCGAUUCUGCCGCCCAAUCCCCUCCGUUUCCAACAACUCAGAGCCCCAACUCACAAAAUACUAUAAAUUUUCUCCAUCUACUUCUUGCCUUCUUGGUUCUUGGUGGAGUAUAUAGAAUCAUUCCAAACUUGCAAACUCUGAUCUUUGCCAACUUCCCUCUGACAGUUGCCGGUGGGGGGGUUGGUAAUUUCUCCCAAGAACUCAGAGAUUCCUGGUGGUCAACAAGGUCCCCCAGAUGCGUUUGUGGCAGGCUGGAUCGGAACGGAGGCAUCUUGGAAGCAGUUUCAGGAAUUCAUAGCGCUCAACCGGGUUCGUUUCGUUCGAUCUCUGGCGCGGGGGAAGCAGCAACCUUUUCUUCUUCCCAGUGCGUGGAUUGGAGCCACAUCGCCUUCUCCGGGGGGCAGCCGGCCGGCGAGCUCUCCCUUGCGGCGGCCCAGGACGGGCUUCUCCUCCCGCCGCCUGCGCUGCGAGCAGGGGCGAUGUCGUCCUUCGUCCUCACCUGAUCCGCCCCUGUGUUGUGUGGCAUUCCAGAAGAGAGGGGAAGAGAACCAAUUGCUGAAGCCACAGAGAGCAGAGAGGAGAGAUGGGGAAGAAGAAGGCGAAGAAGCUGCAUGCCAAGGAUGCGCUAGAAUUUCUUAACCAGGUCAUGGUGGAGCAGCCCUUGCUUCCCUUCCUGGUCCCCCUUGUCCUGUUUGCAUGGCUUGUUGAACGGUGGGUUGUGCCGUUCUCAAACUGGGUUCCCCUGGCGGCUGCUGUGUGGGCAACAAUUCAGUAUGGGAGGUUUAAAAGGAGGACCACCAUAGAAGAUUUGAACAAACGAUGGAAGCAUCUUAUACUGAAUACAACACCUACCACGCCGAUAGAGCCUUGUGAGUGGUUGAACAAACUUUUGGUAGAAGUUUGGCCCAACUAUAUGGAACCAAAACUGUCAAUCAAGUUUAAAUCUACUGUUGAGAAACGUUUAAUGCGUCAAAAACCAAAACUAAUAGAUAAAAUAGAAUUACAAGAAUUUUCACUUGGUUCUUGUCCACCUACUUUGGGGGAUCAGGGGAUGCGCUGGAUGACUUCAGGUGACCAGAAAGCCAUGCGCUUGGGUUUUGAUUGGGACACCAAUGAGAUGAGUGUAAUGUUUUUGGCAAAAUUAGCAAAACCACUGAUUGGCGCUGCUCGUAUUGUUAUAAACAGCAUUCACAUCAAGGGAGAUCUUCUACUGUUACCAAUCCUUGAUGGUGAAGCUGUUCUUUAUUCUUUUGAAUCCACUCCAGAAGUCAGGAUAGGAGUAGCAUUUGGAAGUGGUGGAAGCCAAGCAGUUCCUGGUAUGGAGCUACCCGGUGUCUCAACAUGGCUGGUUAAGCUUUUGACUGAAACUAUAGUGAAGACAAUGGUUGAGCCUCGCAGACUAUGUUUUCCUUUGCCACCAGUAGAUUUAAGGAAACGAGCAGUUGGAGGUGUUCUUUCAGUCACUGUUGUUUCAGCUAGUAACGUAGGCAGAAACACUGCUAAUGAAUUAGGGAUCCACCAAAGCUCAAGUGGAGCCUCUACAUCUGGGAUUGCUGGCAAGAAGGUGGCGCAGGCAUUUAUUGAGGUAGAAGUUGGUAGUUUGAUGAGAAAAACAAGUACAAGUAAGGGUCCAAAUCCUGCAUGGAACAACACAUUUAACAUGGUACUGCAUGGAGAGACAGGUGUUGUCAAGUUUAAUCUGUAUGAAUUGGAUUCUGGUGGUGUUAAAGUCACCUACUUGACAAGCUGCGAGAUUAAGGUUAAGUAUGUUCUAGAUGGUUCUACAAUAUUUUGGGCUAUAGGACAUAAUUCUGGUGUUGUUGCAAAACACACCGAGCUUUGUGGACAAGAAGUUGGAAUGGUGGUUCCAUUUGAGGACAUUAGGGGAGAGCUCACUGUCAGUCUUGUGCUAAAAGAAUGGCAAUUCUCUGAUGGCUCAGUUACGUUGAGCAAUUCUCUGAGCAAUGGUUCUCACUCUCCAUUUGAUAUAUCGCCAAAGCUUCAGUCCAGAACAGGACGGAAACUCAGAGUUGCAGUAGUUGAGGGUAGAGCCAUUGCAGUUAACGCUAAAUCUGGAAAGUGUGAUCCAUAUGUGAAGUUGCAAUACGGAAAGGCUCUAUACAAAACAAAGACACUAUCUCAUACAACCCGACCAGUUUGGAAUGAUAAGUUUGAGUUUGAUGAGAUCAUGGGUGGUGAAUAUCUCAAAAUAAAAUGCUAUAGUGCAGAUACAUUUGGAGACGAAAGCAUUGGCAGUGCAAGAGUAAAUCUGGAAGGACUUUUAGAUGGUGAUAGUCGUGAAGUAUGGGUCCCGCUUGAAAAGGUGGAUUCGGGAGAGAUUAGGCUUGAAAUUGAGCCAAUAAAAAAUGAUUUCAACGGUGACCUGAAGACUUCAAGUGGUAGAGUUGGAGCUACCUGGAUUGAGCUAGUAAUAAUUGAAGCCAGGGAUCUUGUUGCUGCUGAUCUCAGAGGCACUAGUGAUCCUUAUGUUAGGGUGCACUAUGGGAACAAUAAGAAGCGAACGAAGGUUGUUUACAAAACACUCUCUCCAGACUGGAACCAGACAUUUGAAUUUCCAGAAACAGGAGAACCCCUGAUUUUGCAUGUCAAGGACCAUAAUGCAGUUCUUCCAACUGCUAGUAUAGGCAGCUGCACUGUGGAAUACAGCAUGCUUCCUCCAAAUCAGCCUGUCAAAAAAUGGAUACCACUGCAAGGAGUAAGAAGCGGUGAAGUCCAUGUAAAGAUCACGCGAAAAGUUCCAGACUUGGAGAAGAAAACAAGCUUCCAGACUGAUGCAUCUCCCUUUGGCAAAGGGCGCAACAUAUCAUCGCAGAUGAGAGAUAGCCUGAAGAAAUUCACUGGUUUAGUUGAGGAGGGUGGCGAUCCAGACGCCCUGGCUCUGGCCCUGACCGAGAUGGAAGGCAUCCAGGAUGAGCAAGAUAUGUACAUACAGCAGCUUGAAAGGGAGAAAGCGGUGUUGUUGCGUAAAAUACAAGAGCUUGGUUCUGAAAUCGUCAGAACAUCCUCUGGUCCGGCAAGGAUGCCUUACUAGUUAGAAGCAACCAAUACACAGGAACAAAGAAUAGCGUUCACAAUUGUAUUCAUGGGCAAAGACCUGAAUUUUCGUAUAAUUUAUACUCUAGUGCAGAUAUGUGAGUAACAUGUAAGUAGAUACAUAGCAAGUAGACCACAAAUCAGUGCAGUAUAUAUAUAGUGCUGAAGGACCAACCAGUUCAUGUAGCUUAAUUACUCUAUGUACACAUCAGUAAUUCAAUAUACACACACAAAUUGAAUUUAGGUGAAACCUGAAAUGCUUGUGGUUCUUGCAUCCAGUUGAUGCUAUACUCCAAUAUAUCAGAAAUUCCUACU